CUGGGCGUGCGCCCGUUCAUCAACUGCCGCGGCAACGCCACCGCCAUCGGCGGCAGCAUCAUGCCGGAGCCGGUGCUGGAGGCGAUGCGCCAGGCUGCCGGCAGCUUCGUCGCCCUGGAGACGCUGCAGGAACGGAUCGGCGAGCGGCUGGCCCGGCGCAUCGGCGUCGAGGGGGCCCUGGUCUCCUGCGGCGCUGCCAGCGGCGUGCAGCAGGCCGCGGCCGCCUGCCUGACCGGCACGGACGCCGAGCGCGUGCAGCGGCUGCCGUACACCGACGGCUGGCGCAACCGCUUCGUGAUCCCGCAGGUGGACGUGCACGACUACAUCUUCCAGGUGAUCGCCGCCGUCGGCGGCGUGCUGGUCAAGGUCGGCAGCAAGGAGUCGUGCCCGACGUCAGCAAUCGAGGCAGCGCUCGACGAGGACACCGCCGCGGUCGUCCACUACCUGGGCAAGCAGACGCUGGAGCAACUCGCCGAGGUGGUCGCGGUGGCCGAGCCGCGCGGCAUCCCGGUCAUCGUCGACGCGGCGGCGCAGCUUUGCCGCCCCGCUCCAACCUGA